GCCUGGGCGCUGAGUUCCCGGAGAUCCUCCCAUCGAUGAAAGCAAAGCCAAGCAACCAAGCCUGCACCAUGUCCUCCUCGCUGCGAGUCAGCCCGUCCAUCCACGGCUACCACUUCGACACAGCCUCACGCAAGAAAGCCGUGGGCAACAUCUUUGAAAACAUCGACCAAGAAUCACUGCAGAGGCUCUUCAAAAACUCUGGGGACAAGAAAGCAGAGGAGAGAGCCAAGAUCAUUUUGGCCAUAGAUCAAGAUCUGGAGGAGAAAACACGGGCCCUGAUGGCCCUGAAGAAGAGGACGAAAGACAAGCUUUUCCAGUUUCUGAAACUGCGGAAAUAUACCAUCAAAGUUCACUGAGGACCAGAGACUGGAUAAGGACGUUAUCCAAGAAUGGACAUUUAAAGACCAAGCGAGUUUGUGAGACGCUAACACGCAGCGCUGUGUUGCUCCUUGCAAGCUUCUCCUCCGCCAGGACUCCGGAGGCUGGAAAGGAACUGAGCAAAAACUGGUGACAAGGACUCCAACCAAUUUCACGCCUGCGCUGUGACAGUGGAGAACAAGAUGCUUUCAGCAAGGAUUUGAAAACUCUCCCGGCCAGAAAGGACUGAUGCUGGUGUCAGGAGAGGUCUGGACAGAUGUAAUGAGAGAUGAAACUGAAGAAAACAGAUGGGCUGAGGGAGAACUGCAGCCAGGGUCUCUUUGUCAGGCCCUAGGACUUAAAUUCAACCUGAACUUUUUGUUUGUUUGUUUCCUUAAGCAAACUGGGAAAGGGGAAAGAGGGGGAGGAGGGAGGGAAGGGAGAAGAGGGAGAGAGAAUUUCCUGCUACAAUUGUUUACUGAGUUUUUUAUUUGAAUUCUCAAGAUGUUUCCAAGCUUCAAUGCUAUCUAUUGGUAUAGAUUUUUUUAGAGAUCAGUAAGUGAUUAUUUAUUUGCAUUUAUUACAGUGCCUGAAAAGUACACCACAUGGGUGUAAGUGCAAAGUCAAGGAGCUGCAGUACCUUCAGCAGCUCAGUAUAACCAUACGCCACCUUCUAGUUUAUAAGGUUUUUAUGCAUUUCAGAAUGGUUGUGCAAAAGUUGCAAUAAUGGGCCCUUCAGAAAUGCAAAGUACUGUGAAAAAAUGUAUAUAUAUUUUUUUAUCUUCUAACUAAUGCUAAAAUAUAAUCUAAUUAAAUGUCUUAUAGUUACUGCAGUGAGCAUUAGUAAGUGAAUAUGGUAUACUAAAUAGUUUAUAAAGAUGCUAUAGUUUCUAUAAUUUAUUAUAUAUGACAAAUGAUAUGCAACCAUAAUAAAUUAUUAUAAACUUGACUGCCCUUGGUCUGUGUUGAUUGGAAUCAAAAUACAAAAUAAGAUGAUAAAUUAUUACUACAAUCUUAUAGAAACUAUUAUCAACUUUUCUAAGGAUUUUACUCUAAGAAUUAAAAGGUGCUUUUAGCUAGCUUUACAUUAAUUGCCAAACUUUUUCAAACCAAAUUCUUACAUCAAAUAUUCAGAAAGUUUCUUGUCCACUUUAAAAUAUAAGGUACAGACAUAGAAAUGUAUGGAUUGACUUAUUAAUAUUGUUGUUUAUGUCUCCAUUGAGGGUGAGUUUUAAAAGACUUUUCUCUCCCAUAUUUUAAAAAAUGUCUCCUCUGUGGCUACAGUAACUCAGUACAUUUGUACAUUUAUUUCUCCCCAAACAGUAUAUUUUGAGGUUAGAGUCUGAAUUAUGAUCAAGACUCUGUGGGAUAUCAGUGUUUAUUUAAUACA